GGGCAAGCGUGUUUAUUGUGUUGGGGGCCGCGAUCGGGGGGUCAGGAGGGGUAUGUUGAGUUAUUUAUGUCCAUAGCUGAUAGGGGGUUCUGGAAAGACAGCGGAAGCGGAAGACAGGCAAGUGGUGAUGAUGUCAUCCGGGCACCUUACUUGAUUGAAAUCCUCUUGGCGGGAUGCGUUUCGGCCGGCGUGAUCAUCUUCCCUCCUUUGCAUUCCUGGCAACGUCCUGCUUUAAUUGGUGAAAAUCGUUCGGGAUUGGGUCAAUUACGUGCCCAUAGCCUCACCGAGCUCAGUCUGAAAUAUGUCUUCUUCUUUGUGAUACUGCAGCCUAUAUCUGCUCAUACAAAUCGGUCUACCUUCUUUGGAUAUAAUUCGAUCUUCUGGUGUGGAAACAAAAUUCUCUGUUGUGGAAACAUGAUUCGUCCACCUCUCUUUUUCUGAGUCGUAUCAUGAACCAAAAAAUCCUCCUCUGUACCUAUCUCAUUGAUGAAUGAGCCGUUUGCUGUCCUAAUCUGGUUCUGUAGCCUGCUUCAUGUCCGUGCUGUACCUAUCUCGUGUUUAACUGAGGAUCUGAGAUUCGAGUGCGUGAUGGUGCGCCUUUCUGUCUGACGGUGAUGGUAAAGCUUAGACCAUAGAUCUACUUUCUUUAAGUUAGUGUACUUUGGAAAUGACUUCAGGUCCUUUCUUUAAGUUAGUGUACUUUGGAAAUGACUUCAGGUCCUUUCUUUAAGUUAGUGUACUUUGGAAAUGACCGUAGAUCUACUUUUAAUUUAAGUUUUUCUCUUUGUGAAAUGACCUCAGAUCUGCCUCUUAUUUAGCGUACUUUUGGUAGUCUAGUUUUGAAAUGACUGCAGGUCCUUUCUUUAAGUUAGUGUACUUUGGAAAUGACUUUAGAUCUACUUUUAAUUUAAGUUUUUCUCUUUGUGAAAUGACCUCAGAUCUGCCUCUUAUUUAGCUUUCUUUUGCAAUGACCUCAGAUCUGCCUCUUACCUAGUUUACUUUUGUAAUGACCUUAGAUCUGCCUUCGAUUCAGUUAGUCUGCUCCCACGAAGUGAAUCUUAGAUCUGCGUGUUAAGUUAGUCUACUUUCUGAAUGACCACGUUCUGGUCAUAAAAGUAGAUUGCGAGCAGUAUCCAGCGGAUGAUCCAUCUGUAGGCAUUCUUUCAGUAUGAUGUUCGCUGAUAGACGGCUUGAUAAUGUGGAAUGUUUUGACGGAGUUACCCGGGGCUUCUUUGUGUGUGUGUGUGUGUGUGUGUGUUUUCCCCCUGUCAUAAUCUCACUACCAAUGGAAGAGCCCUACAAGAUAAAUGGCGUACUGGAAUGUUGUGUUUGUAAGGGUUUAAUCUUCUGAAGUAAUGAAUGCCGUAGUGAUAAGGGGUGUAUACUUUGUCCAAGUUUGUCGAGGUUUUUAUGUGAAUUAUCUUGUUGCUGCUGGUGUUAGUGAUGAUGCAAUGACACAUUCAUGUAUUAGUACACAACUGGAGGGAGGAAGGAAAGGGGUAGGAAGUGAAGCGAGGGGCUUGGGAGGGCGAAGCGGAAGAGGAGGGAAGGAGAAUGGCAACGAACAGAACAGAGGAAUGACAAACUUGACAUGGUUCUCAACACGCACCGCUGGAGCAGACUACUCUGGAUUUGAGACGAUCAGCAGCCGUUGCCUAUGGAGGAGGAGGAGGAGGAGGAAGAAGAAGAAGAAGAAGAAGAAGAAGAAGCAGAAACAGAAAAAGAAGAAAGCAGAAGAAGAAGAAAGGAGAAGAAAGGAGAAGAAGAAGAAAAACCAAACUAAGAACGAUGAGGAGGAGGAGGAGACGAAAGGAGGAGGAGGAGGAGGAAAGAAGGAGAGAAGGAGAGAAGGACAAGACGAAAGGAGGAGGAGGCUGAGGAGGAGGAAGAGGAGGAGGAGAGAAGGAGAAGAAUUAGUAGGUGGAGGAGGAGGAGAGAAGAAGAAGAAGAAGACGAGAGGAGGAAGAGGAGGAGAGAAGGACAAGACGAAAGGAGGAGGAGGAGGAGGAGAGAAGAAGAAGACGAGAGGAGGAGGAGGAGGAGCAGCAGGAAGAGGAAGAGGAGGUGGAGGAGGAGGAGAGAAGAAAAAGAAGACGAGAGGAGGAAAAGGAGCAAGAGGAGGAGGAGGACCUGCCGAUAGUGUUGAGGAGGAGGAGGAGGAGGAGAGAAGGAGAAGAAUGAGUAGGUGGAGGAGGAGGAGAGGAGAAGAAGAAGAUGAGAGGAGGAGGAGGAGGAGGAGGAGGAGGAGGAGGAGGACAAGACGAAAGGAGGAGGAGGAGGAGAAGAAGACGAGAGGAGGAGGAGGAGAGAAGAAGAAGAAGAUGAGAGGAGGAGGAGGAGGAGGAGGAGAAGAAGACGAGAGGAGGAGGAGGAGAGAAGAAGAAGAAGAUGAGAGGAGGAGGAGGAGGACCUGUGGGUACUGUAUGGGGACGACGGAGAGGAGAAGAAGAGUAGGAAAGGAGGAGGAGGAGGAGGAGGAGGAGGAGAGGAAGAAGAAGAGGAAGGAAAGAGGUGGAGGAGGCUUCACGACGAUGGCAACAACAGCUUCACGGGCAGCGACGACGAGGAGGGCUUCUUGACGAGGCAGCUUGAUGGGGACAAUGAUGGGCAGCUCGACGAAGACAGGCGGUCUUCACGACCGCAUCAACGACG